AUGCAUGGUGAUACUAAUGGACGAACAAAGAGUGAUCAUAGUCCAUCGGCCAGUAGUCCAGAUGAGGCAGUUAUAUUGAUUGACAGUGAUAAAGAAGAAGACGCUUCUAUUCGCGAGGCUAAUCUUCCUGUCCGGUUGUAUCCAGACAGAAGGGUAGGGAGACGACGUGAUGCUUUAAAUAGGUUUGUCAGAUCAGAUUCAAGGAACAGAAAUGCCCAAAGGAUUCAUACAACAACGACUUCUGAGUAUUCCAAUACUCAAGGUAAUAACGAUGAUGUAACCAUAAUACGAGAAGUUGGACGCUUUUUUGGAGAUGAAGGGCCUAUUGAUCCUUCUGCGCAUUAUGUGGAUCUUGAUGAAGAGCCAGGUUCUGAAACAUUGGAGGCUCCAAGAACUAUUCGAGUGGAUAACGCAAACGGGUAUUUAAAUGACAGUCAUGACGAUAAUGAGAACGAUGAUGGUUUGACAAUAGUUGAAGAGAGAACGACACGUCCUAGAAUAACCCUGAACCUGCCAGGCGGAGAAAGGCUUGAGGUAAAUGCAACGACAACAGACAUACCGAUACGGAGGUCAUUUGAAUUUCAAGAAGAUUUGGCAGCAUCAAGAAGGCAAUUAUUGAGAAGAAGUGCCACAAGAGCUCGUAGUUUAUUUGUGGACCGGUCUGAUGAAAAUGAUGAAGAUUGGACAGAACAUACUCAUAGCUUACCUGAAACUAUUCAGAGGGCUCGUAGAGAAAGUCAUAUGCGAAUGAAUCGUAGGAUUGCAGAAAGACAACUUAUGGCACAACAACAGAGGAUUUCUAGGGACGAAAAUACGAGUACUUCUUUUAGGUUACAAUCAAUUAGGGAACGGAUUCAAUCUUAUACACCAGAUGUUCGUAGUGCUUUCCAUCAUGCUGAGUCACUACAUGAAUUCAGGUCUAUUUUACAAAAUGUUGCUCCAGUUACUUUGCAAGAAUGUGAAGAGGAACUAAUGGCACUAUUUACUGAGUUCAGAAACCAACUGUUGCAGAAUUGGGCAAUAGAAAGGGUUAGAAAUACUCAGGAAGAAGCUUUAAGACUUCACCGAGAAGCGUUAGAAAGACAAGGAAGAACAACCGGAAGAAAUUUUCAUCGUGGCGUAUUCCGUGAAUCAAUUGCAAACUAUCUUAACUUCAAUGGAGAUGAUGGCUUUUUAAGUCGUUUGUGGAGUGGCUCAGUACUAAAUGAUGCUGACGAAGAGCGUCACACCCAAAACAUCAUUGAUAUGAUCCAAGAGAGAGAAGAACGGGAACGGGACGUCGUCAUGAAGAAUUUAAUGAACAAAACUAAGGCUCAACAGGAAGAAUUUGAAGCUAGGGCAGCCAGCUUGCCAGAAGGUUAUAGCGCGUCAUUUGACACAACGCCAAAAAUGAAACUAGAUAUUAUGAAAAAUGGCAAAGAGGAAACAAUCAUUGUGACAGACGAUGAUUUAGCCAAAACGCUAGAUGAUAUCCCUGUUUGUUGUUUAUGUGGUGCAGAACUGGGCGUAGGCAUACCAGAUGAUUUUACUGGAAUGAGUCAAAGGGACCGUGGCAUUUCAUUUGAAGGGUUAGUAUCGAAAUACAAAUUCCACUGCCCCUACCAAACCCUAGCGCGACCCUCAGUGCUUGACAGGGAUUUAUCAAAGCGAACGUUUAUUGCAUCGUGUGGUCAUGCAUAUUGCGGCAGAUGUUUCGCCAGGAUUGAUAAUGCCAAAAAGAAAUCUAAGACACCUAAAAAGAAAUUGGCUCAACUAAAAGGUUCAGCUCAUCCAGAUAAUUAUGGUCCUAAAUUAUGUCCCGCAGAGUCUUGUAAGAAGCUGAUUCGUUCAAGAGGGAAGUUGAAAGAAGUAUACUUUUAG